UUAUAAUAUAAACACUCAUGAUUGGUUUACGCUGCUGACACCAAAACUUCGCCUCCAUCCCAACCGUACUGGUUUACUUUUCGGUGUAAAGGCCAUCGACAUCCACAGACGACACAACACAGACUGGCUUCUCCUUCCUCGUUGCUCUCGUUUUUCUACUUCUUUUACCCACAACACAUCUAGUCUUCUGAUCUUGUCUUCGCUAAAUGAUUCUAUCUCCCAAUCCCCCAUUCUCUUGCGGGAUUAUGGAGCUAAUAAGAAUGCUUAAUGAUCUUUUCAUAUCUACAAGAAAAGAUGCAGUGGAUGUAGAACGCGAUAGAUUAAGCAGCUUGCCAGAUGAACUAAUCCAUAAAAUCCUUUCUUUCAUUAACAUCAAAGAUGCUAUUAGUACUAGUGUAUUGUCAUCUAGAUGGAGGUUUAUCUGGACUUCAAUGCCCUCUCUGAAGUUCGAGAAUCUCAAUAAUGAGCGCUACUUUUCCAGUUUUAUUUAUAAUGUUCUCUCACACCGUAAUAAUCAAGUAAAUUAUUCAGUCAAUCUCGUUCUUGGGAGAACAGUUAGGGACAAUGAAUCUGGUACAAGAAUUCUCAGCUGUAAAUUCUCUCGCAAUCUUCAACACCUGAGUGUUACACGCGUGCCUGGAGGGAAUAUAGUUGAAUGCCCAUAUUCCUUUAUUGGGACACCAAAGUGGGACCUCCCAGCUUUAACGACUUUGCAUCUUCACCAAGUCGAACUGUCUGAUUAUGAUGAUAUUGGUCUUUUCUCCAAGUGCACCAACUUGAAGAACCUCUCCUUGAACCGGUGCAGAAUGACGGAAACCAAAGUUUUAAAUAUCUGUCUUCCUCGACUUUAUGAUCUUACACUUGUAUCUACACCCCCGGAUAUGGAAUUAGAGGAGGUUGUGAAUGUGGUUGCACCUCAACUCAAGAAUCUCACAAUUAUAAGGUGCGAAGGGGAGCAUCUGAUUUCUGCACCUGAGCUUACCUCCUUGGUCAUAGAAGAUAUUCAUAGAAUAGUUUGUUUGCUUCAACAACUCCAAAGUGUCAAGUUUCUUACACUUAACUUGGGGAUUCUCAAGCGUCUCUUUUCACAAAGGAAGAGUCUAUCUUCAUCCAUGAAACUAGUCCCACACAAAGCUUUUGCGUUUACUAACACAAAGAUUUUGAAGUUUACAACAACACCUGUAGUAAAGGUAUACUUGGAGGUGCAAGCACAAGAGAGGGUAACUACGUAUACUGAAAUAAAAAACGAUGAUGAUGUUUCUCCAAGUGCCAUCUUCCCAAUGGUCUCAUGUGAGGAGAUUACAGCUAUGGAGAAUAUGGCAUCAGCACAAGUAUUUGUAAAACACUUGGGGAUAUUGCUAGAGGAGUGUAAACAAAAUAGAAAUAGCGAGGAUUACAAGGCUCAGAGGGAUGUACAUAGCAAACCAUACGUUGAGAUGCAUUGGGCGUGGACAUUACAAUGGAACCUUGGGGCAAUUAUGGGAGUGUUUAAGCAUAAGAAAAUUAAAGCAAAAUUAGAUAAUUUUCUCAUGAUGGCACAAAUUACGAAAAAGUAUAUUAAUAAGCGUGAUUGCACAAAAUCCGAGAAUCACCCCAUUAUCGGAUGGUUGCACGAUAUGCGUGGAUUGUUUCAGCGCACUGGAGACUUGAUAACUCAGUUGUCUGCAUCAAAGAGGGCUGUAAUGCUACCAAUAUUUUUGAGUUUGUGUGAAGACGCCGCCAUUCUCACGAUUAAUAUUUUGGGAUGGAUUAACACCUUAAAGUAAACUCAAGAGACCAAUGCACUUGUUAUUUAGUAUUAAUUUUUAUGUCAGUAUAUAUUGUUCUGCUAAAAGCCAAGACUUAUGGGUGAUUGUUUUCAUUUAUUUUCCUGAUGUUAAUUGAAAAUUUAAUUUAAACAUCAAGUAUUUAAAAUAUUAAAAGUAA